AUGAACGGAAUGCAGAUGAAAGAUGAGCUGGCAGUAAUGGCUGAUGACAGUCACACAAGGAACAGAAGAGAUUUCUAUUUAAUUACAGUAGAAUCAGUUGCGAGGAGAUCUGUAAAAGCAGUUGAAAGGUCAAGAACUUAUCUACAUUUGGAUUCCUUCGACUACAGAUAUAUUUCCAAAAGAGUUCAGUUCCUGCAUAAAAACCCAAUUAAUCAUUCACGCAAAGCAGAUAUCGUACAAAGAUCGACUUGUAAUGUGGGAGACGAGAAAAACGAUACAAUUUUAUUGGUCUUUCGACAAAUUCGCAAGUCAGAGACAUUGCGAAAUGAAGAAAAUGAAGAAGACAAUUAUGCAUCACGUUUAUCAGAUUGA